AUGGAGUUGAAAAGUGUAGCACGGAGGUUUGGUGAAUUUUAUAGCGGCGAUUGUGACCAUUCGACUGGAUUAGCCGCCAUCAAAACAUUGAUGAAAUGUAUCGAAGAUUCGAAAGCCACAACGGUGAAUGAAUUGACGGAUGAGUUGAAGAACGUCGAAAAAGAGAUGUUCACAACCGAUUACAGUUUCACGACCAUUCGAAGUGCGAGUGAGUUGUUUUUAAGGUUUGUUCACUCGAUUAAUUUGAUUUACGUGUCAACACUUUCGUCGUAA